UUUUACGUGAGACGAUAAAAUGGCGGAGUAUUUGGCGUCCAUCUUUGGUACUGAAAAAGAUAAAGUGAAUUGUUCCUUCUACUUCAAAAUUGGUGCAUGCCGCCAUGGUGACAGAUGUUCUAGGCUUCACAAUAAACCCACAUUUAGUCAGACAAUUCUUCUUCCAAACAUGUAUCAAAACCCCCAGAGUGCAGCCCAAGUAGCAGAUGGAACAAGUAGUACUAUAUCUGAUGUAGAAGCUCAAGAGCACUAUGAUAAGUUCUUCAAGGAUGUUUUCCUUGAAUUAGAAGAAAAGUAUGGUGAAAUUGAGGAAAUGAAUGUUUGUGAUAAUCUUGGGGACCAUCUUGUUGGAAAUGUUUAUGUCAAGUUUCGUUACGAAGAAGAUGCAGAAAAAUCUGUGGAAGACUUAAAUAACAGAUGGUACAAUGGUCAACCAAUUUAUGCAGAGCUUUCACCUGUCACAGAUUUUAGAGAAGCCUGUUGCAGACAGUAUGAAAUGGGAGAGUGUUCACGUGGUGGUUUUUGUAACUUCAUGCAUAUGAGACCUGUUUCUGGAAAUCUGCGACGAGAACUUUAUGGACGAAAUAGGAAAUUUAAGGGAGGUGGUGGGGGAUACUCACCUCCACGACGAUCAAGAUCGAGAUCCCCUCCUCCACAUCGACGCCGAUCAAGAUCACGGUCUCCAAGACGUGACAGGUCUCCCGGACGAGAGCGUUAUGGACGACACUAACGUUAAUUGUACCUAUGGCAUGUUAUGGAAACACUUAACACAGAGUUCACAUUACAUAGACUUACAUAAACUGGUAAAUGUAUCAGUGCAAUAGCAACAUGUCUUGAUCAUCCAAAGAGACAUAUGAAACACAUCAAGCAAAAUAUUUGGCAGUUCGUUUCUUAUAUCGAUAGUUUGUUAUGGAUGGUUUUUACUGCCUAAUCCUCGUGUCCUUUAUUGCAUAAAAAAUUGUAUUYAUUCUUUAUUUAGUGUCCGUAAUGACAACAUUGUCGAACGUUGAUUUUUCCUAUUAAAUGUCUAAUCUCAUAGUGCUUAA